AUGUCGGCAUGGAAAAAUAAGCCGCCGCACAAUAUCGCGCGCUUCGCUGGGUUCUUCAUUCAAACUUUACUCAAUGGUAUUUAUUGGGUUAACUUUUUCUACUACGUCGAGGGUGCCAGAAAGCGUUCGAAACUGCGUCAGGAAUCAUUGUGGAAGACACCCAUGUUUGUAGUCGGUUGUAUCCUGUUCUUGUUGGAUACCGGGGAAUACCUCGUUCUUACUAUGUCUUCCUUCAUAGCUUUCAUCAAUUGCGCCACCACCGACACUCCAUUCGACGAAAGGGGGUACUUAUCCCUGAGUACAAACUGGAAUUUGGCGUACAACUCUUUCUAUAUUGCAGUUCCUGUGGUUGCAGAUUCGUUCCUGAUAUACCGGCUUUUUAUCGUAUGGUCUCGUAAUUGGUGGAUAUGCAUACUCCCUGCGUCAUUCUGCGUCGCUCUGAUAGUUACUGCAGCUAUAACAGCGAAGGUCUUCAUUGCUUCUGUCGACUCUAUUUUUUCUACAACACAAAACUUGCUUCUGGCCUGUUUCUCUUUGACGUUUGCCUGCAACGUUUAUUGCACAUUUCUAAUUGGAUUUCGCAUUGGAAUGGCGACCCAGCAUGCUGGUCAAGUUACACCUUCAAGGCUUCAGAAAUCGGUCAACAUCUUGAUUCAAAGUGCUGCGCUUUAUUGUUUGCUCGUCUCAUUAUCUUUGGUGUUUUCGAUCCUGGAGUCUAAUGCUUUAUACUUCAGUGUCGGUGCGACGAGCGCUAUCGUUGGGAUAUGUUUUUGCAUGAUCGUAACCCGCGUAAACAACGACAGCGACAACCGGGCCGUUCAAAAUGGCAGCUGGCCACAAACGAACAAUGUUCCUCUCCACACACAGGCGCACCCUAUCCCCCCUCCUCCUCCUCCUCCACCUCCACCACCUCCUCCUCCGCAAUCUCCUCCUCCUUCUAUUAUUCAGAGUUCCGCGACGGUAGUACCGCAGCCAACCGUUCAACGGCCUCCGCUGCAAACCUUUUUGAGCAAAUGCCCUGUAAUUGGCAAGAUUGUUCUGGGAAGAUCUGGCACCCCAUUGCCUGCGGCCUAUCAGCCUGAAGCUAACACCGUGACCUGCCUAGUUGAGCAGGUCUCGACGGUGGAUCAUCAUUCCGACUCGGACAUCAGUGGUAGCUGA